UACACCAAAACAGAUGCUGCUUUUUCCCACUCUGGUAUACAUUGUUGCCCUUGAAUUCAAGUGUUUUGCAGUAAUAUGCAUAUCCCGGUUAUUCUUGAAGAUUAGUGCCCAUCAAUCAAAUCUUUUUUCAAGAAAAGAAGCAGGUGAAGGACAUUUUCAUCUGGAUCAAUUGUGGCAAUUACUAUUGGUGCUUAUGCAUCAUUAGAAGAGACAAUUCUGUUCACAUUUCAGAAGACUCAACCAUUUUGCAUCAUCAUCCAGCAAUCAAAACUGCAACAGCCACCACCAUCAACACCUGCGAACCCAGAACUUUGCUCGUGAACCGCCGAGGAGUUCAUAUUUGAGGCAAUUAUCUUGCACAGAUUUCUUUGCAUAGAUAAAAAAUAAUUCAGCAAGUAUAAGAUUAAAGGACCAGCUUUCAGCGUUUAUAUGAAUUAAUGUUUGUUAGAGUGAAUCUUAUAUUUGGUAUGUUUCUUACCUUCCAAGAAAGAGACUAGAGAAUGCUUUGAAAACAUUUCCACUACAUUUUUGAGAUUUUAUUUAUUCAUGUAAUUAUUUUUGGAAAGACGUGAAUUGAUUGAACUUUAAAAUUUCUUCAGCUAAGGUGCAGAGACAAUUGAUGUGUUGUUAGGAAUAAGAUUUGAACCCAUAAUUCUUCUUUUUUCCACAUUUGAUGCGGGAGAUUCUCGUCACUUGACUAUUUAACAAAAAGAAAAAAGGUGCACUUGUGGAGGUAUGUAUUUGGUCGAAUUUUGUCAACUUAAUUAUUUUGCACUUGUGUGAGAUUUUUGUAUGUGUUAUGAACACGAAAUUGAUUUACAAAUAAAAUCAAAUUAUUUUCUUAUUAUAGACUUGAGGAUUAGUACAAGUUAGAGUGUAAUUUGAACGAGUGAACACGUGCAGUUCCUGUCACUUGCAAGAAAAGAACUAUAUGAAGUGUUACUUGUACGCAAGGACUGUUUCAAGAGCCCAGAACUAGAAGUCACUGGAUAUGUAAUGAAUACAGGAAAAGAAAAACAAACUAAAAUUUUCAAUAAAUUAUACCUACAUGAAUUCUGAACUAGAAUACUACAAAAAUACUCCUGUUCAAAGAACCUGUGUCAGAUUUUUUUGGGAGAGUUUGUCCGCCAAUUUAAGUCUCACAAGAUUCGAGGGAUUAAUAUUUGUAUAGUUGCACAUGGGAUAUUUGAUUUACGCCAAAAAAAAACCUCCAAAAACUAAAAAUUUCAUGCUGGCCAACUCACAAGUCACAAAACAAUAUUAUAAGAAAUCUGAACCAUUUAUCCUCUUGAUGAUUAACAAUCCCUUUCGUAUAAGAACCAGUUUUCCAUUUUUAUAAGAUUUAUUUGUACAAGGAACGGUGAACAUAUUUUCUGUAUAAAUAUUUAAAAAUAGAAAACAGAUUAAAAAUAAUGCGAUGAUUUUGUAAUAAAAAUAUAAAAAAGUUAAAUCACACAAAAGAGAACAUUUAUUAGAAUUUGAGAGGUCUAUACUCAAUCACAAAAGUUAACUUGAGAACACUACCCUUAUAAAAGCUAUCUAUGCCACAUCUCUAGCCAAUGUGGGACUUCUAACAACAUUUAAAUAUUGCUUAGACUUGAUCAAGCAGAUAUAAACUCUAACUUAAUCACGCCAUUCUUCUUUGAUUCUCAAUGCUGCUUCAUAAGAGUACUAGAGGUUCAAGUGGUAAGGGUAUUGAGUCUUCUUAAGCAGGUGGUCAAGUUUGAUUUCGGGCUACUCUUGUGUAUGAAAAAACUUCACUUGGGAGGCAAGAGUCCACCUUGUGUGUUUUACAUGUUCUUUGACGAAAAUUAGUAAAAAAAAAAACUUCAUACCCAAUAAGAUUUCUUUGGCGAUAAAAACUGUGUUAUGGUAAAAAAAGAAAAAGAAUAGUAGAGUAAUGCAAUAUAACACCAAAAUAACAGGAUUAAGUUAACAUCCGAUUUACCCAGUAAGAUUAGAACCAAAGAAUCACAGGUUACUAGUUAUAGUAUCUUUAACUACAUUGGCAAGCUUACUUGAUGAAUGAAUUGAUGAGUCAUACAAAAAACCAAACUUCGUUCACCUACAAUUAUGCUUUACAAGCAACAAUUUCAGUUCCUAAUUUAAUAUUCCAAAAUUAGAAGUUCCAUGGCUUGAAAGCCAAUACAAAUGUCCCAUAACGUUGCUUUUGGCAAAUCCAAAAGGAAUGCAAUAUUGCCACUCAAAAAUAACUAUAAAAAGAGACCCUUAAUGAAUGAUCUAAUAGACUUAAACCUUGUCAAUAUUUCUUUUAAUAAACUUGCUUUAAGAGUUCAAAUAUUUGAGGUUAUUGCAAAUUACAAUGGAAGGGAAAAACAAAAGGCUAGCAGUUUUGGUAGGGUGCAAUUACCCUAACACUUCUAAUGAACUUCAUGGUUGCAUAAAUGAUGUGUUGGCUAUGAAGGAAACAUUGGUGAAGAGUUUUGGUUUUGAUCAUUCCAAUAUUAAGCUUCUCACCGAUGAACCUAAAAACUCUUCAUCAACUAUGCCAACUGGAGCUAACAUUAAGCAAGCAUUAGCUGAAAUGAUUGAUCAAGCUGAAGAAGGGGAUGUGCUUUAUUUUCAUUAUAGCGGACAUGGAACUAGGAUUCCUUCGAAGAAAAAUGGACAUCCUUUUCGACAGGAAGAAGCUAUUGUGCCUUGUGACUUCAAUCUUAUCACUGAUUUGGACUUCCGGCAACUAGUGAAUCGGAUUCCAAAAGGAGCAAGCUUAACAAUUCUCUCAGAUUCAUGUCAUAGUGGUGGCUUAAUUGACAAAGAAAAAGAACAAAUUGGACCAUCCAAAUUGGAAGAAGAAAAAAAUGGCACAUUGAAACAAAGUGAUAAUAAACCAAAAUCUAUUCCUUACGAGUCAAUACUUCAACACCUCUCAUCAUUAACAAACAUAAAUACAACAGACAUUGGAACUCAUCUGCUUGAGUUCUUCGGCUCCGAUGCGAGUUUGAGGUUUCGACUUCCGGUACUUGAUCGUGAGUUGUCCCAACCGUUGAAGUCGGAUGAAGGGAUUCUGUUGAGUGGUUGUCAAUCUGAUGAGACUUCGGCAGAUAUGAGUCCGAAUAUGAGUAAUGGAAAGGCUUAUGGAGCAUUUAGCAAUGCAGUUCAGAUUGUGUUGAAGGAUAAUAAGGAGAAAUUAAGUAAUAGAGAGGUUGUGAUGAAGGCUAGGGAUGUGUUACAAAGACAAGGAUUUGUUCAACAUCCUUGUCUUUAUUGUAGUGAUGAGAAUGCUGAUGAUAUCUUCUUGUUGCAAAGUUAGAAUUCAGAUUUAUGAAAUGUUAAUCUAAGUGAAGAAUUUGAUGUGUGAAGUGGAAUGUAUCAAUGUAAAUCAAAGUGAACUAUUGUAUUUGUGUAUCAUUUGUUGAUAAUUGUAAUGUUGUAUGAAUUUUAUUUUAUAUGAAAUAAAUAAGUGGAAAGAUAA